AUGAGCGAGAAGGACUUCGAUCAUGUGGGAAUGUUCCCUCAUUCGACUAUUGAUUCAGUCGCCCAAUCGCGGCGUCAAGACCAGCUACAAAACACAAAACGUAAAUCACCUACCUUUGAAACUGUAGAUGAAGCUAAAAGAUUUUGUAUGGAUCACGGUGGACGUCAACAAGUAUUACCUACCGGUAAAACAUGGCGAGAAGGAGAAGCAUAUGGAAGAUAUGAGCUUGAGCGCGGUCACAAACCCGAUUUCCACCAGCCGACUGAUCAUCAUAGCUCGUGUGAAGCCAAUCCACAACCAUCAGAAGACUACCGCAAUUUAUGUGAACUUGCUGAUAAAGAUUUACAUUUGCUCAUCAGUGAAAUAUUAAAAGUUCGAUUUAAAGUGUAUUUGAAUGAUAAACGGAUGGGAACAGAUUAUAAAUGGAUUAAAAUCAUGACAACUAUCUUAGAAAAUGUUACUUUAACUGGUGACUGUGAAGGAAUAUCACAGAUAUUGAUUAUGAUACCUGGAACAAUAUAUAUGAACGGUGUUCAUGAAGAAAUCCGGAAACCUGAUAUAAAUACAAAUCAACUGAAGUAUGACUUUAUUCAAUCGUUUCUAAGAAUAGCCGAUUAUCUUUUAACAAUUAUGCCACAUAGUGAAAGUGAAUUGAGUAAAAUAUUAGAACGAAUUGAAAUAAUUAUAGCAAAAACAAAUGAAAAUAACGAGCAUGUGAAAGAUAUUAAAGAAUCACUCCAGCGCGCUCGUACAAAGGCGGAAACAAUUUUCAAAUUUGAGCAGCACCAAGUCAAACCACAGAAAACAACUAAUUCGAAUUAUUGUGAUACUGCUCACCCACCACCGAAUAAUUAUCGUCAUUUGAGUAUAAUGCCGACAAUGACCGAAUUGUUAGAUAAUCAAGUCGUUUAUUUACGUCGUAAUAUUACUAAGGGUGUGUAUGUGUCACCCGACCAUUAUCUGGAUAUACAUUUCCGCCUACUACGUGAAGAUUUUGUUGGACCAUUGCGAGAUGGUAUUCAGUGUUAUAGAUCUGGUGUACAGACAAAUAAUUUAAAUGUUCGAAUUCAUCAUAAUGUACGAAAUUUGGGUCCGAAAACAAUUAAUUCCGGUUUAGUUUUUCAAUUAAAAUUAGAUGAUCGAACAGCGAAAAGAAUACACUGGCAAAAUAGUCGACGACUAAUCUACGGUAGUUUAUUGGCACUGACUCAAGACAAUUUUCAAUCUUUUAUGUUGGUUCGUGCUCAUUCUCCUGAUCAUGUUAUUGUUUUAAAUCGAUUACCGUCUACAGUUUCGUUGACAAUGCUGGAAACUACAGCUUAUUUUGAGUCUUAUCGACCGGUGUUAGAAGCACUGCAGAAGAUUCGAUACGAACAAUUCCCAUUAAUACCGUAUAUUCUGUCGUUAACCAAAGACGUUUCGCCACCAGAUUAUAUCACAGUUGAAACAAAAUACAAUUUCACACCACUUCUAGUAAAACCGAGUUCACGUGUGACUACAUAUACUAGACCAUCAUUGAAAAUAAUGUAUUGUGGACAUGAAGGAGUAUUAGACAAACAUAAAUCAGUGACGUUAUUGGAUGAAAGUCAAUGGCCAACAAGUGACGAAAUGAAGUUAAAUCCGUCACAAGUAAAAGCAUUACGAUUAGCAUUAACAAAAAAAGUUGCAGUCAUUCAAGGACCUCCAGGUACAGGUAAAACUCACCUCGGCGUGAAAAUAGCAGAAAUGCUGCUGUACAAUCAUGCUGUGCGUGAUCAAACACCAAUUCUCAUACUUUCCUAUACGAAUCAUGCUCUCGACCAAUUCUUGGAACAAAUUAAAAACCGUCUCAGUUUGACGACUGGUUUAAUUCGCGUUGGAGGUCGUUCAAAGACUGAAUCCAUGAAUCCAUUUCUAUUAUCAACGGCAAGAACCCAUGUGAAGUAUUUAUUAUUCAAACGCGCAAUACUGGAGAAAAAACGAGAUGUUGAAAAUACAAUUAAGGAGACAGAAGAACAAAUUAAAAAUUCGUAUCAUACAGUUGUUGAUUUAUCCACUUUAAAGGAUGCAAAAGUAAUCGAUCAAUUUCAUUUGGAUUCAUUGUUGUAUGAUAGAUAUGAUGAAUAUUUUUCACUACUUGAUUGGCUUGGUAUUGAACAUCGACUUCAUCGGAUAAAUGACUGCAGAAACGAAGAAGAAACAAAGUUAGUACACGAGAACGUUCACACUGACGAGUACGGUGAACUAGUCGAUGAAAACGAAGAGGAAACAGAAGAAAAUCGACGACGUUUUGCUGAUUUGGAAUUCGAUAAUGAACUUCGUUCAGAAAUGAGAAACAGGGUAUUACAACGACAACGACCACAAUACGAAUUUUAUGCUGAUGAUAAUCAACAACACGAGGGAUCCGAUCAGCAACGAAAAAGUUUCAUACGUCGCAUAUUAAAUUUACCAACCAAACUGAACGAAAACACGGUUAAACAAAUAUGUAAUCUAUGGAAUCUUUCAUUUGAACAACGACAUGAUCUCUAUCGUUAUUGGUUAGAAAAGUACCGUCGACGAUGUAAAGUGACCCUUGAACGUGCCCAAGGUUCCCAUGAUGAAUACGUAGGGGAUUAUCGGAAAUAUUUAACCGUAGAAGAUUAUGAAAUAAUGAGAAAUGCUACAGUUAUAGGGAUGACGACAACAUGUGCUGCAAAAUAUUUUACUGUUUUACAAAAAAUAGGUUGCAAAAUAAUUAUUGUAGAAGAAGCAGCUGAAAUAUUUGAAGCACACAUCAUCUGUUCCUUAUCAGCUAAAUGUGAACAUUUAAUAUUGAUCGGUGAUCAUCAACAAUUACGUCCAAAUCCAACAGUUUAUCGUUUAGCCCAAACAUACAAUAUUGACGUAUCGUUAUUUGAACGCUUUAUAAAGAACGAUUUUCCGUCUGUUCGAUUGAAUAUUCAGUAUCGAAUGCGGCCAGAAAUAUGUGAUUUGAUGAGAUCUUUUUAUCCUGACUUACAAAACCAUGAUAUUGUCAAAACCGAACGUCCAUCAAUUAUUGGAAUUAAAGAAAAUUUAUAUUUUAUUACACAUGCACAUGAAGAAGAAACUUUAACUGAUGCUAGUUCAAAACGAAAUCCAUUUGAAGCCGAGUAUAUUGUCGAAUUAGCGAGUUAUUUAAUUAAACAAGGUUAUGAAACAUCGCAGUUAACAAUAUUGGUUAUGUAUUUAGCACAAUGUCAAUUGAUUGCUAAACUAAUGAAAGAACAUAAAUAUACUCGACUGAAAGGUAUUCGAGUGAUGAACGUUGAUAAUUAUCAAGGUGAGGAAAAUGACAUAAUUUUGUUAUCAUUGGUGAGAAAUAAUUUAACAAAUAAUCUUGGUUUUCUAAAAAUACAAAAUCGUGUAUGUGUUGCUUUAUCGCGAGCUAAAUGUGGACUUUAUAUUUUGGGAAACUUUGAUAUGUUGCGAAUGACAAGUGACAUGUGGUAUAAAAUUGCACAAACAUUUAUUGAUCAGAAUGCAGUUGGGAGAGGAUUGAAUCUUUAUUGUAUUCGUCACACAGAUGCACCAUCAUUUCUCGCACAUUCGCCAAAGUCAUUUUCCGAACGUCCUGAAGGCAAGUUAUGCGAUACUCGAUUACCCUGUGGUCAUAAAUGCUAUCUCGUUUGCCAUAAUUACGAUUUGGAACACGAGAAAAUUAAAUGUCGUAAAACUUGUGAUGAAUCAUUAGUGAACUGUGAGCAUACCUGUAAAAGAAUUUGUCAUUCAAAUGAACCUAGCAAUCACGGUCCUUGCCACAUUCUUGUCGAGAAAAUAAUACACGAAUGUCAACAUCAAGUGAGAAUUGAAUGCUCAGCCGUACCAGCUAUUCAACAUUGUAAACAACUUGUUUCCGUUCAUCUACCGUGUGGUCAUUCUGAGAAUGUUUUAUGUCACGUUGAGAAAACAAAGUCAUAUGACUCAGUUGUGUGUAAAGUACCGUGUAGGCAAGUGUUAUUAUGUGGUCAUACAUGCAAAGGGACAUGUUCAACGUGCCAGUAUGGACAACUACAUGUAGAAUGUCAAGAAAAAUGUGAAAAACAAUUAAUAUGUGGACAUCGACCACAAAACAAAACGGUGACUGAAAAAGAAACGGUUAAUCCUCGAUUCUUCGAAGUAACACGGUCAAUUGGAGGUAUUGGGCUAUGCGGUGAGCCAUGUCCGUCAUGGUGCCGAAUAUGCGAUCGUCAAAAAGUUAAAGAAAUAUUUUUUGGCAAUGAAGAUGAGCCGGAUGCACGUUUUGUUCAAUUAUCAGAUUGUCGUCAUAUUAUUGAAGUCGAUGGUCUUGAUCGUUAUAUCAACGAUUUUGUUACAAAACAGGAAGAAAAAGUCAUUCGUUUACCAGAUUGUCCUAAGUGUAAAACUCUAGUUCGUCGUUCUGUAAGGUAUAAACAUGUAGUUAAUGAAGUUCAAUCAUGGAUUGAAAAAGUAAAAACAAUGCAGCAAAACCAAGAUUCAGUAAGUCGACGUCAAAAGCAGUUGUUUGAAUUAAUUCAACGUUUCUUAAAAGUUAAAUCAGUGAAUGAUACUGAACCGCUUCAAAAACUCUCAUCAUUAAAACGAGUUAAACUGAAUAUGAGUGCGCUAGAUUAUGUUGAAAAUACGUUGACGUUUUUGAAAGAAAUGCAUUAUCUACGCUUGGAUGCUGGGAAAGAAAUACGAUUAAACUCAGCAAAUUAUCGCCAAAUGAAUACUUUUAUUGACAGAAUCGUCAAUUAUAUGUUCAAGAAGCGACAUAUUUACACCCAACAACAAUUACAUGAUAUCAAAUACGAAUUAAUGCGAAUAAAACGUUUUACAUUUCUGUAUGAUGAUGAUUUCUUGAUCAAAGAAACAAGUGUGCAAAUAUCACACAACACGAUAAGAGAAAAGAAUUCUGAUUUACGCAAAUUAGUCUUAAAAUGUAGUCCAUUCACGAAUCAGGAUUGUCAACAAUUCGAUGCAUUAUAUAAUGAAAUAAAAACAAUGCUAAAUCUACCGGGAUUAGGUAUAACAAAUGAUGAACGUAUUCAGAUUGUGAACGCAUUGAAUUUGAAACAAGGCCACUGGUUUAUUUGCCAAAACGGUCAUCCGUAUGUGAUAGGCGAAUGUGGUGGAGCUACUCAGCGGAGUCACUGUCCUGAAUGUAAUGCAGAGAUAGGUGGUGAAAAUCAUCAACUUAUAUCAACAAAUCAACAUUUUGGCUUAAUGGAUAAUUCGACAACCGCAGCAUACUCGAAUAAUGCGCAUUUUAAUGCAGCAGACUGGCUUAAUUGA